AUGGCUUCCGGAACGCCCUCCGUCGGCCUCGACACCAUGAUCACCGUCAAGGUCCAGUUUGACGGCGUCACCCGCCGAACCAAGAUGCCGCUUCGGGACAUGGUCCCCAAGACUCUCGAAGGCAACAUCCGAACCUUCCUCCACCUCCCCGCUGAAGCCGAUGUCAUCUUCGAGCGGUACUCCGACUCUGCUGCGGCCUACCUCCAUCUCGAACCCGACAAUGUCCCCAUCUACAAGCAACUCUACCGUGCCGCCAAGGCCAAGUCUAAGCUUAAGAUCCGUGUCACCCUCCGAGAACAGGCCCAGAAGACCCUCCCCAAGCCAGUCACUGUCGAGGACGAACCUGAGGCCGCCAUCGCUCCCUCGACUAUUGAGGGCCCUCAGGAGAUCCCCCAGGACAGCCCCCAGGACAGCCCCCAGGACAGCCCCCAGGAGAGCCAGGUCAACACCAGCCCUGCCCCGACGCCCACUGUCGAUGCUUCCGAGCCUACCCCUUCGGUUACUGCUACCCCUUCGGCCACUGCUACCCUUUCGGAAACUACCCUACCUUAUCGAACCAACCCUCUCUCCAAAACCUACAACUCGGCUCUGCUGAACGAGGCUGCCAGAUUCAUCGGGGAUCGCCAGGACGCUCGUCGCGAUUUUGAGACCCGACUUGCCAACUUGAUGGACCACCAGUCCGGUCUUGCCAGCCGUCUGGCUACCCAGCAGGCCGAGCAUCGCGCUCGCCGUGCCCAGCAGACCACCACCGGUUGCUGUAGAGAUGCUGAGCCUCAGCAGAGCAUGUGGUCCGGCUCGCUCCAAGCCCCUCUUCCCGUGUCUCAACCUGGCGCCUGCCCCGCCCACACCGCCCGCACCGCCUUCGCCAUCUGCUGCAACAGCUGCGAGAAGACCAUUCCUGACGUCCACUACCACUGCUCUACUUGCGAUGAUGGUGACUUUGAUCUCUGCCAGUCUUGCGUCGAGCAGGGCAUCACUUGCCACGGCGGCGAUCACUGGUUGAUCAAGCGCACCACCGUUGAGGGCCGACUGGUCCAGAGCGUCACCGAGACCAUUGCUCCCAAGCCUAAGCCCGCUGUGUUGAAACUGGAGCAUUCGCCUGUUGUCGAUCUCGAUGUUAAGAAGCCUGUGUUCAGGGUUGAGACUAAGAUCGAGACCAAGAUCGAGCCCAGAGACGAGGCUCCAUCGCUGCCCCAGCCCACAUUUGAGCCUCUGCUUGCUCGGUGGACCUCUCUGGGUAUUAUGCGCACUUGCAACUGCUGUGUUCAGGAACUUCCCGAGUAUGAGUUCCUUCACUGCAACACUUGCGAAGACUAUGACCUGUGCCAGCCCUGCUUCAACAAGAACGCCCAUGGCCAUCACCCCCAGCAUGGCUUCGUCCCUGCGGUCAAGGGCACUGAGAUGCCUCAGCACAUCAAGGUCAAGAUGGCGCCUGGCCGCAACCAGAUGCACCAUGCCAUCUGCGAUGGCUGCGAUAAGUACAUUGCCGGUGUUCGCCAUAAGUGCCUCGACUGCCCCGACUGGGACUACUGUGCCAACUGCAUCAAGCACACCAAGAUCGCUCACCCCAACCAUCGGUUUGUCCCGAUCUACGACCAGCUUGUGGAUAUCCGCGCCCGGUCCCCCACCCCGGUCCACGUCGGCAUCUGCUGCGACGGGCCCCUCUGUGCAGGCAAUGAAGCGUACCCUGCCUACAUCCGCGGCAUUCGUUACAAGUGCGCCGUCUGCAACGACACUGACUUCUGCGCCAACUGCGAGGCUAACCCUGGUAACACUCACAACAAGACUCACCCCAUGAUCAUGUUCAAGACUCCAGUACGCCACGUGAGUGUUACCACCACGGGCGAGCACCAGGAUGGCCAGCGUAUGCCGUCUAUGGGUGACCGCGCCGCCACAAACUCCAAGGCCACUGAGACCACCGCCGUUACUGGAACCAACACGAUCAACCCGGUUCUGACUGUCGUGGAUGUGCAGCCUUCUGACCCCUUCAAGGCUCCUCUGGUUACGAAGAAGGAGGUGGUCAAGCAGAAGAAGGAGAUUCCCGCUCCCGCCCCUGUUCAGAAGCCCGCCCUUUUGAGCGCCGUCUUUGUGAAGGACACUGUCAUCGAUGGCACUGUCCUCCCUCCCAACCACGUCUUUGAGCAGACCUGGGUCCUCCGAAAUGAGGGCAAGACUGCCUGGCCCCCCGGCUGCUCGGUCAAGUUUGUCGGUGGUGACUAUAUGGGACAUGUCGACCCCAACCAUCCCGCCGGCAUCUCUGAGCUCGUCUCCGCUUCCGAGUCGACCGUCUGCUAUACUCCUCUGGCUCCUGGCCAGGAGUUCCCAUUCACGGUGUUGCUCCGCACCCCCGCCCGCCCUGGCAAGGUCGUCUCGUACUGGCGUCUGACUGCCCCCUCCGGCGAUAAGUUCGGUCACCGCCUCUGGUGCGACGUCAGCGUCCGAAUGGUCAAGCCCGAGGUCAAACCCGAGCCCAAGCCUGAGCUCGAGAGCAAGGCCGAGACCCCCGUUGAGGAGAUCAAGGCCGAGACCCAUGUUGAGGAUAUCAAGACGACCGAGGCUGAAGAGAGCCAAGCCUCCAGCCAGAUGAUCUUCCCCAAGCUUGAGAAGGAGUCUCCCGUGGCUAGCAUUCACGAGGCCACCCAGUCUUCGCCCGCCCCCGCUCAACAGCAGAUGGAGGCUGAGGAGGAUGGCGAAGGUGACUGGGAUCUCUCCGACGACGGCUUCAUGACAGAUGAGGAGUACGACAUCCUGGACGCUUCUGACGAGGAGUACCUGGAGGAGCAAAAGAAGAAGGUUGUUGCCAAGUAA